UGAGGGGCGGGCGCGGGCGCGGGCGCGGGCGCGGGCGCGGGCGCGGGGCAGCGCGGCGGAGUAGCAGCCAUGCCGGUGGACCUGGGGCUGUGGAGCGGGCCGCUGAGCCUCACCGAGGUGGAGCAGAAGCCGGCGCAGCCGCUGCGCGUCAAGUAUGGCGCCGUGGAGAUCGACGAGCUGGGCAAGGUGCUGACCCCCACGCAGGUGCAGCAUCGCCCCACCAGCAUUGAGUGGGAUGGCUGCGAUCCCCAGAAGCUCUACACCCUGGUCCUCACAGACCCCGAUGCUCCCAGCAGGAAGGACCCCAAGUUCAGGGAAUGGCAUCACUUCCUGGUGACCAACAUGAAAGGCAACGAUGUGGGGAGUGGGAAAGUGCUGUCAGAUUAUGUUGGCUCAGGACCCCCCAAAGGAACAGGGCUGCACCGGUACGUGUGGCUGGUGUACGAGCAGCCGAAGCAGCUGAGCUGCAGCGAGCCCAUCCUGUCCAAUCGCUCUGGUGACAAACGAGGGAAGUUCAAAGUGGCGGCUUUCCGCAGCAAGUACGAGCUGGGGGCGCCGGUGGCUGGCACUUGCUACCAGGCGGAGUGGGAUGAUUAUGUGCCAAAACUCUAUGAGCAGCUGUCUGGGAAGUAGGGAGAGGGGAGCCUGCGCUUGCAGGUACCCGUUCUUCCCCCACCUAGACGAGCACUGUGUGAUGUCCCCUGUUCCCUUGGAGACUGUUUGCUCAAAGCACUUUGUAAUUUUGUUUGAUUAGUGACUUGUACCCAACUGCUUCUGAACUGGUCGCUAAAACUGUAACCUGAACCACAACCCUGUCACUGUCCAUGAUCUAAAUCUGCUGCAGUGUCACUGUAGUUACAGGCUAUAGCCAACUAACUAGACAAGCUUCUGAAAAGCUGCCUCUCUAAUGGCUGCUCCCUUCCAGGCUGACUUGAGUUUAAGGGAAAUCAAAGCUUUUGAGAAUCAGUGUUAUUUCAAAGUGUCUGUGCUGCAUUAAAAUGACACUACGCAGCAGUGUUGUAGGUACAGUAACAUUGCUGGCUUGAUGAUGGCUAAGUAGAGUCUUACCUUUCCAGGAGACAGGAGGAGAUGGCGGCCUCAGGGAGGUUGCUCUUUUUUUCACAUUAAGUAUUUGGCCAGCACCUCCACUUCUCCCCUAAAGCAAUGCUGAAAUAAUUGGUUGAAUUAGGCAAGAAAGUUAGUUUAAAGGGAUACCUUCUGAUCUGUGUUAACCCUCAAAGCUGAGAGACUACUUUAUUUUGUUCAAGUUUUGUUGUAAUCUGAUGUUAUGCUGCUGCUGUCUACUCACAGUGCAAUUAAAAACUUGCCCAGGUGGA